AUGGGAAUCAAGUCUUUCAACAAUAUCAUCUCAAAAGGGCCGGGAGCUAGAUUCCCCGUGGAGAAAAACAGAUACCUUUUGUACGUCACCUUCAUUUGCCCUUAUGCUCAGAGAGCAGCAAUUGUGAGACAACUCAAGGGCUUGGAAGAGUACCUUCCUCUCGCACACGUUAAUCACCAAUUGGACUCCAAUGGUUGGAGAUUUGCUACUAAGGAAGAGCUUGCGUCUGUCCCCGAGGGAGACACCAGGUAUGGUACUGCUGAUCCAUUGUAUGGCUUUGAGCGGAUCAACCAAUUGUACAAGAAGGCAAGCUCUGAGUAUGAAGGGAGAUGGACAGUACCAGCUUUGUGGGACAAGAAAGAGGAAACCAUUGUGAACAACGAGUCUGGAGAAAUGAUCAGGUUCUUCAACACCGAGUUCAACGAAGUUCUUCCGGAAGAGUAUUCUAAGAUCGAUAUAUACCCACAAGAGUUGCAGGCCCAAAUUGACAAGUUUUUGGAGUCUGUAGCAGAUGUGGUGGCCCAGAAGGCAUACAAGACGGCUUUCGCCGGCAGUGAAGACGAUUUCCAGGAUGCGUACUCAGCUCUUUUAGAAGCCCUUAAGAGUGCCGACGAGCACCUCGCGCAGAGCCAAGCGAACGGCCUGCAAUAUGCUGUGGGAAGCUCAGUGACAGAGGCUGACAUCAAACUCUACACUCUGACUGUUCGCCUCAGCCAGGCCUACUACAAGGGUUAUGAUGCAAAGGUGGUAAGUUUGGCGAGGGACUACCCUCAUCUUCACAAGUGGCUCAAAAACCUCUACCAGAUACCUGCUUUCAAGGACACCACCGACUUUUUGAAAUUGACUCUUGGUGCGGAAUCGAGAAUCGGCCAUCCAAGGUCCGAGAAGUUCGAAGCAGUAUUGGACCUCGACAAGUGA